GCAUUAAAAUCAAAGCGCCGGAACGUUUACAUUUGCGUUUUGUUUUGUGAGUUUUUUUUUUUGCGUUUGCUAUCUGGAUAGAUAUGGAACUUAUAUGGCCUUGAUCCGGAUUGUCCUGUAGUAGUUUCAAGAAGCCAGUGUCUGGAUUCGUUUAUUUGGUAAGGUUUGGUGAAAGUAUGCGACGCGACCUGGGGUUUGCGAUUUAGCUAAUUAGCUUUCAAAUGCUACUGAAUGCUAAAAGGUAUCAUUGGGAAUGGUUUCCAAACAUUCCACCUCGGAAUAUCCUUUAAAAAAUAUAUGAAAUAGACUCCCAAUCCCCCGCUCCUCCCAGCCGCCUUAGGUUACUUCAAGGCGAUAUCAGCGGUGCUGCCACCUUUUUGCGGAAAGUCCCUAGACUCGACAGUUUUUUAGAUAUCUACCCAAAUCUCAAUCUUGCUUAUACAGGUCUUCAUCAAGUCACAAGUAUUACAGAACAAAAGAUAACCUAAACUGACCUAACCUUAACUACAACCUACCAACCUAAAACCUACAAACCUACAAACCUACAACCUACAAUUUACAAACCUACAACCUAAAACCCACAAAUGUGCAGCCUACAGCAAAAUGUGUGCAAAUUUCUCCAGAACUGGUGAUUCUAGUCGCAUACGGCAUCAAGACCUGUUGGCUGUUGCUCAACACUGAAGCCACCUCAGUGGCAGAGUCACCAAGAUGGGGGACCAGAUGGAGGCGUUCGAGGUCACAGACUACGACCUCGAGUCCGAGUUCAACCCGCACGCGCGGCGCGGCUUCCGUCAGACGCGGGAGGAGCGCAUCUACGGCGUCUUCGCCGACGACAGCGGCGACGAAAAGGCCGGCCCGUCGAAACCGAAACGGAAACCCAACUACUCGGCUCCGCUGGGAUUUGUCAAAGGUGGCAUUCACCAGGUCGGAAAGGACGCUGUGCCGGCGAAGAAGUCCGAUGACGAAGACGACGAUGGCGACGGCCCACCUGCCGGCUCCAGUGACGAGGAUGAGGCGGCGCCGCGGCUGGGUGCCGGCCUGCCGCGCGCGUUCGGCUCCGGUCCCAAGCAGCGCCGGUUCCAGUCGUCGGGCGCCGGGCCGAGCCGGGAGGAGAUUGCCGGGCUGCGCAGUACCGGCGGCGCCGGGCCCACCGCCGGACUCGGCGACAUCGGACACUGGGAGAAACACACCAAGGGCAUCGGAGCCAAGCUGCUCAAACAGAUGGGCUUCAGGGAGGGCGGCGGCCUCGGUAAGAACCUGCAGGGUAUCUCCACCCCUGUGGAGGCCAAGCUGCGGAAGGGCCGCGGCGCGAUCGGAGCCUACGGGACCGAGAAGCCCGCCUCGCGACCGACGCCGGCCGCCGACAAGGAGGGCGACGAGCCGGAGCGAGAGUUCAAGGAGAAGCUGGGGCAGUGGCGGCGCGGGCCCAGACGCAAGAAGGUCGACUACGUGUACAAGACGCUGGAUGAGGUGCUUCAGGAGGGCAAGACGAGGACGCUCAAACCGGGAGUUUCGUCCAGCAGCGGCGGCGACCUGGCGCGUACGAAGGUGAUCGACAUGACGGGCCGCGAGCAGCGCGUGCUCUCCGGCUACCACGCCAUCCACGGCCAGCGCGCCCCGCCCCAGACGGAGACGGCUGCCGACGACGACUCCAAGAGGACGUUCGACAUGCCCGAGCUGCUGCACAACAUCAACCUGAUGGUCGACCUCUGCGAACAGGACAUUAUCCGCUCGGACCGGUCGCUGCGCUACGAGCGGGACCGCCAGGUGACGCUGGAGCACGAGGAGGCGCAGUUGUCCGAGACCAUCGAGCGGCACAAGUCGCAGCUGGAGCGUGUCGAGGAUGUAUCCCGCGCAGUGGACUACAUGGAGGCCCACAAACCCGGCUCGGAGAACCCGAGCCCGCUGGACGUCAUGAGCAAGAUGUUCCUCAAACUGAAGACGGACUACCCGAUCGAGUUUGACGUGUUCGACCUGGACUACCUGGCCGUCGACUACGUGUUCCCGCUGGUCAAGGAGCUGCUCAACAUGUGGAACCCGCUGAAGAACCCAAAGUUCGCCACCGAGGUGUUUGCUGAGCUGAAAGAAUCUCUGGAGAGCAGCGACAAGCCGCAAAUGGAGUACGGCACGCCCGUGGACGUCUACCACAGGCUGCUGUGGGAGCUGUGGAUGCCGCCCGUGCGCCAGGCCAUCAGUCUGUGGCAGCCCAAGCUGCAGCCGGAGCUGACCCAGCUGCUGGAGCUGUGGCGUCCCGUGCUGCCGCGCUGGAUCUUCGAUAACGUCUGCGACCAGCUGCUGAUGCCCCGGCUGCAGACCGAGGUGGACGCCUGGAACCCGCUCACCGACGCCGUGCCCAUCCACAGCUGGAUACACCCCUGGAUGCCCAUCAUGGACCAGCGCCUGGAGUCUGUGUACCCGACGAUCCGCCACAAGCUGGCCAGCGCGCUGCUGGCCUGGCACCCUUCGGACCGCUCCGCGCGGCUGAUCCUGUCGCCCUGGGUGGGAGUGAUGGCUCCCGGCAGCCUGGAGGCGUUCCUGGUGAAGAACAUCCUGCCCAAGCUGCAGCUGGCCAUGUCGGAACUGGUCGUCAACCCCAACCAGCAGGUGCUGGACCAGUGGAACUGGGUGAUGGACUGGGAGGAACUCCUCUCGCCCGUCCACCUCGUCAGCAUUCUCGACAAACUCUUCUUCCCCAAAUGGCUACAGGUACUGGUGACGUGGCUGAACCACGCGCCCAACUACGAGGAGGUGACCAAGUGGUACCUGGGCUGGAAGCAGCUCAUUCCCGAGAAACUGGUCGGACAUGCCGUCGUUAGAGAGCACCUGAACACUGGUCUGCAGCUGAUGAACCGGGCGGCCAGUAACCCGGGCCAGGCGGUCUCCUACCAGGAGCUGAGUCACCUGCUGGCCAGCAGUACGCCGCCGCCGCCGCCGCAGCCGGCGCCCACGCCGUCCCAGAUCAGAAACCGGGAGGACCUGACGGCUGCGAUCCGCACCGCCUCCGGCUCCGUCACGAUCGGUUUCCGGGACCUGCUGGAGCGCCGCUGCGAGGAGCGCGGCAUCCUGUUCCACCCGCUGCCGGGCAAGUUCCACGAGGGCAAGCCAGUGCUGCGCUGCGGCGGCCUAAGUAUCUACCUGGACAGGAGUGUGAUCUUCGUGAACGACGGCGGAGUGUGGGUGCCCAGCUCGCUGCAGAGUGUGCUGGAUAAGGCGGCGCUGACUUCAGUGUAGUGUGUUAUGGGGAGGGAGGGCACAGAGGGCACGGGAGGGCAGGGGAGUGAGGGAGAGGACAGUGUGAGAGGCUAUAUGAGAUGACUGAAAAAAUGGAAUUCCACGUCGACGAUAAAAUCUGUGAAAUGAAUUGACAUGAGGGCUGAGACUCUAUAAGGCUGUUUUUUCCUUCAGUUAUCGAGAGUCGUUUCAGAUCCGCAUGCUUUGGCCGUAUUUGGUUCGCCCGCUUACGUAUUGUAUGAAAAAAACAAGUUCAUGACCUCUGUCAUUCAUCAACCGACUUGAACUCCAUCGCUCAUAUUGUAGCGCUUGUCUUUCUCGUAACAUUUGGCUUCCUAGUUUGUGUCGUCACCAUUCCAGGAGACCUCCCAGGAGACCCCAAAUGCUGCGUCGCACCAUGGGUGGACCUUCAACGUUGCGCUGCGUCGUAUCGCAAACCACUGGGGUCGUUUUGACGGAAGCCAGAGCACCAAGUCACAUACCGUCUCACUAUGUGCGAUUUUGUCCUCGUAUAUCAUUCGUUGACCUGAGGAGGGAGGAUGCGCCCUGUGUGCGACUCGCGGCUGGGCUUAAGGCAUGUCCCUGAACCCAUCGGGGCUACUUUUGCCAGUGUCUGUUCCACGUGUGCGACUUGAAUACAAAUGUUGUUUUCGCAUUGUGGUACAAA